AUGUCAAAUUAUUGAUCUAGUGACUAAUAAUGUCCAAGUCCUAAUUUAGGGUGAGUAAAGGCUUUGAGUGUGACGAGAGGGUUAGGCUGCAUCGAUACAAACCCCCACCCACAAAAGCCCUACAAGCAAUGCACCCAUGGACACUAUUACAUUUACAUGUGGACAGACACAAGGGAGCAGCUGGGUAGGUUCUUAAUGAAUGCUAACUGCCUGAGCUACCUUUGAUCAUGUGUGCCAAUCUAUGGAAAACUUUGACUGUAAAGUUUCUUAUAUUAUUUACAUAGGUUGUAUUGGUUGUAUAGAGUUGUUUUGUUGACCCUAAACUUCUGUUGGUUUGUUAUUUAACAAUAUAGUCUCACACAAUGAACGCUUUGCUUAAAUGGUAAAGGGAAAUGAUACAAGAGCUGUUGUAAUUACAGGAUGUUUGUCAUAGAUUCUGUUCCACACCUAUUCAUGUAUCAUGAUUGAACUAAUUUGGAGAAGUGUUGAAACUGGCAUGCUGACUUUUAAUUUUGGGCUUAUUUGUAGCAUUAAAAGCAUAACAUUUGUUUGCCCUGUUUACAAAUGGAGCUGUAGUUUAGACUUAAUGUAAUUUUAUGUCAUACACCUAGUUCUCUCAGACAAUAGUAAUAGUCAUAAUAACCAUGAGCUGCCACAACCUUUCCUUAUGCACACUGUGUUCCUUUAGAGAAAUUGUAUUUGCCUAACAUUAUCUGCCCUAAGGGAAAGAAAAAAGGAGAUAGUAGUGAUUGAAUUCUCAAUAGUUAAUUGAAACAUUUUUGAGUACUGUCCAAUUAACUGUAAUAUUAUACAGGAUUAGUAUGGGUGUCUUUUGUUGAAAACCAUGCUAAACAAACAGUAAAUGUAGACAGAUCUCAUUUACAUACAUAUUAUUGAGAGGAAAUGAUUGAGGUAUGAUGAACAGAGAUGUCCAUUCAUUCUAUUAUUCUAUCUUUGUCACUGGAUAUGGUGCCCACACAGUAUUACUCCCUGGAUUUUAUGCCAAUCUGCUGAAAGGUUUCAUUCACUAUGAAUAUGCAUGAAAACCAUUUUAACUCCUCAAUCAUGCCCUUUGAAAGCAGCAAAAAGAAUCCCAGAGGUAGAAAUGCCACUACUGUCAGCCUGGUCAGUGAAUUAUGGCCCUAACAGUCCUACUAGAAGCCUAAUUUUAACCACUAUGACCCUGACCAGACAGUUACUAAUGAUGAAUAGAUGAAUGCUGUGUAAUGAAUAGCGCUGAACCAAAGAUGGUCAUUGUUUGUCCUGUUAGCACAAGAAUGUAGAAGAUAAUGUCUUUGUGCUUGGUUACAUAACAGCUAGGUAUAACUAUCAUGAUUAAAUUAUAAGUGGAUUGUUUUCCAGACGCUAUCACUAGAAUACAAGCACAGGGUAUUUUUAACAACAACAACAAAACACACAGAAGGACCAUAAAACACAAUGACAACCGUUGAUAGUGUUUUCCUAAGGAUAUAUUGAUCUGGAUUUUUAAUGAGUUGUUUAGCUCCUGAGGCACACAGAAAAGGGAUGGACAUCUAAGCCUCUCUGAGCCACCUCUCGCAUAAGCCAUGAGCAGGCUAAUCACGUGUCUGUGUGGUCUUCUGGCAGAAUUAAGUAGCAGGAAUAUAACGCACUUGGUAGUGUUGCUUGGCCAACUGUUCACAAAGACAUUUUACCACUGAUGGUAGCUAGUCUGUUAGGGAAGAAAUUCUGUCUGUUGGAAACUUAAGUGUUUCAAAGUAGCUUCUCAAGUGACUUCUACAACACAUCAUGGGAGGAGUAGUGGUGGAUGACGGAGGCAGUGGGGUGAAGGCCCCGGAUGGAGGAUGGGGCUGGGCCGUGCUCUUUGGCUGCUUCGUCAUUACUGGAUUUUCCUAUGCUUUUCCUAAAGCUGUCAGCGUCUUCUUUAAAGAGCUGAUCCGUGAGUUCGACGUGGGCUACAGUGACACUGCCUGGAUCUCCUCUAUUCUGCUGGCAAUGCUCUAUGGCUCAGGUCCCCUAUGCAGUGUUUUAGUAAAUCGCUUUGGAUGUCGCCCUGUGAUGAUGGUUGGUGGCCUUUUUGCUUCUCUUGGCAUGAUCUUGGCAUCUUUUUCCACCAGCAUUAUUCAUAUCUAUCUCAGCACCGGGGUAAUCACAGGUUUGGGUCUUGCCCUGAACUUCCAGCCUUCACUCAUUAUGUUGAAUAGAUACUUCAGUGAAAAACGACCCUUAGCCAACGGCCUGGCUGCAGCUGGGAGUCCAGUAGCACUGUGCUGUUUAUCCCCCCUGGGCCAAGUACUUCAGUACAGAUAUGGCUGGCGUGGUGGUUUCCUCAUCCUGGGAGGCCUACUGCUUAACUGCUGUGCAUGUGGAGCCCUCAUGAGGCCGCUCCUUGGACCAAAGAAGACUGAUGGAGACCAGGAAGCAGCAAAGGAUGUAGUGGAAAAGCCAAAACCAAAGCACAAGUUGCUGGAUUUCAGUGUCUUUAAGGACAAAGGGUUCGUCAUCUACACCAUAGCAGCAGCUAUUAUGGUGUUAGGCCUGUUUGUUCCUCCAGUGUUUGUGGUGAGCUACGCAAAAGAACUGGGCAACGAAGACACCAAGUCUGCACUCCUGCUUACCAUUCUUGGCUUUAUUGAUAUUUUUGCGAGGCCUACAUGUGGCAUUAUUGCUGGACUGAAGUGGGUACGCCCACGGUGUGUUUACUUCUUCAGCUUUGCUAUGAUCUUUAAUGGUGUCACCGAUAUUGUAGGCUCUAUGUCAACGGACUACACAGGACUUGUCAUUUUCUGCAUUUUUUUCGGUAUCUCCUAUGGAAUGGUGGGAGCCUUGCAGUUUGAGGUGCUAAUGGCCAUUGUGGGAACAGAGAAGUUUUCCAGUGCAAUUGGCUUGGUACUCCUUGUCGAGGCCAUUGCUGUCCUGGUGGGGCCACCUGGUGCAGGUUGGCUGCUGGACGCAACCAAGGUCUACAUGUACGUCUUCCUGCUAGCAGGCUGUGAGGUGGUCCUGUCGGCUGUCGUACUUUGCGUCUGCAACCUGCUUUUUAUCAAGAUGGCUCCUCAGCAGCCUGACUCUUCUGCCAAGAUGGAGAUUGCUAUGACGGAUACUGAGAUGGAGCAGCUCAACAAAGUUUCUCAGGAUGACCAAGAGAAUUGUGGUGGUAGGAAUAAAUCAGAGCCCAAUUCAGGAGAACAAAGUAAAAAUACAGAGGUAGAAGAACAGAAUGAGGACCUCAAAGCAAGUCGAGAUGAACUACAGGUGAAUUCAGUAGAUAUUGAGAAGCUUCCUACAGUGGCGGCCAAGGAAAAUGGUGAUGUGGUGGAACCCGAAUCUUCUCUGUAAUUUCAGUACAGUGAGAGAAAUAGACUUAGACGAUUUUCAAAAGAAAGAACUUGAUUAGUGUCUUGUGUGUUCUCAUUUGAUGUUUAGAUGUUGUGUGCUUUCUGUACUGCACUGAAUUGAUAUCUCAUGGUCACAGAUUUAUUGCUGUAUGAAUUUCAGUGGCAUUUAGAACACGUCAAAUUACAAACUUGUAUAGAGAUGGGACAGCUAUACAUUUUUAUGCUCUCAGACGAGAACAAUGUGGUAUCCGUGACAGCAGAAAUAGUACUGAUAUAAAGUAUGACAUGUGUACAAGGUUAUGGAAGCAAGCAAAUUGUUACUUAAGUAUUUUGGAUUAAUAAUUACUCUAGUAAUGGUCAUUCUAUUAAAUCUGCACCAGAGCAAAACAGCAGCUCGGCCAUUAAGUACUCAGUAUCUAAGUAGGGAUUAGGUGGUUCAGCGGUACUAUUUACAGGACCUGCCCAGAUUACCAAAUGUGCGGUAGAGAGAGUAUUGUAUUUUAAAUUCGUUUCCAUACCAACAGCCAGUAACUGUUCAUAACCAUUCAUACUGUGAACAUGCAUUCAUUCUGUUGCACACACUGUUGUCUACUGUGUAACAUGUUCAUUGUCUAUCGAGCUUACUGUAAAAGAUUAUUUGUGGCAUUUGUCAGCAUACAUUAUGCAAAUUGUUGUUUGGGUAUAAAAUUCGCUGCUUCAAGUGACUAAAAAUCAACUAUAUAACAUAUAUUUUUUAUAUAUGUCUAAAUGUCUGUAUUGGAGACCCACUGAUUCUACUUGGGGUGAAUGACAAAAUGUCCUGCAACACACCUUUUUUUUUUUCUAUUUUCGUUUGUUUCAUGUGACAUUUUUAAAAAGGCUACUUAGAGUUACUGUGGUAUUUCCAAGAAAUACCACAGUUCAACUUCACUAAUUCACUUGACAAGGAACAUUUUAGUGUUUUUUUUUCUUCUAAUCACAAGAUUUAACUCGCAAGCUCAUUAACGAUCCUUCUGUGAGCUCAUUGUUUAGUUUUUUCUGGUUUUUUUUUUUUUUUUAGCAAAAAACAAACAUUAGUACUGAGGUGUCAGGAAACAUUAGUCUGAACAAGUACAGAGCUUGAAUAGGAAUAAUAAAAGUAUACUGCUGCCAUUGAUAAUGUAAUUGCUUUACCGUUAGAAGCCGCUUUACAGUAUUUUUCACAGUUUUUAAGUUAUUGCUGUUAAAUACGAGCUACUGUUUGGAUAUAUUUUUUUAUAGAUUGGUAUGUUUGUAGUGAAGAAAAAAUGUUCAGCAUUCAAAUGAUGCAUCUUUAUGACUACCUAACCAGCAUCUUGUUUUGGUCAGUAAUAUAAAAUGUCUGAUGCAGGUUUCUUUUGAGAACCAGUUGAGUAUAUGUGGUGCUUUUAGUUGAUGAUUUUAAAGAGUUGGCUGUGCCUUAAAUCUGAAAUAAAGUUACAGCAAACACAUCAUGAGGAAUCUUUUAAAAUCACAUGAUUCUCAAUUUUUCCCCUUGAAGAUGGGUGUCUAUAUUUCUGUAAAAUGUUAAAUAAAAUUCUUAAAUGAGAA